AUGAACGCAGCUGUAGUCCACACCCGACCCUAGCCUUAGUAAAAUUAGUGAUCACAUGAUCUGUCAUGUGGUAAGGACUGUAAACAUGAUGGUAGGGAAGUUGACAGCCACAUGAGUGUGUGGUCAAAUGGAUUAAAAUAAUACAUCAGAUGUUCAUUGGAUUGUGUACAUGUGUUUAUUUCAUUAUAUAAAAAAUGGCAGACGAAACAACCGAAAGUGGUACACAAUAUUCCACAUUGGUGGGUGUUAUUUAUGUGUUCAAUUUAAUAGUUGGUACAGGAGCUCUGACUAUGCCUGCAGCAUUUCAUAGUGCUGGAUGGCUAGUUAGUUUAAUCCUAGUCAUAUUUCUGGCAUUGACAAGUUUCAUAACUGUUACUUUUGUUGCUGAAGCCAUGUCAGUUGCAAAUGCCAAAGAAAAAUAUGCAAAAGUAAAGCUUGGUUUAAAUGAAAUAGAUGGGGUAUCUUCCCCUCUUCUUGGAGCAAGAAGAUCAAUACAAGAUGGUAGCAAUGUAUUUGAUAUUACACAGAAGAUUGAAUUGGGAAGAAUGGCAGAGAUAUUUUUCAACAAAGUUGGAGAGAAGUUAUUCUAUGCUUGUAUAGUUAUUUAUUUAUAUGGAGAUUUAUCUAUAUAUGCUGCUGCUGUACCCAAAUCACUUAGGGAUGUAUCAUGUACAUAUAGAUUAGCUAAUAAUACAGAUUGCAAUAAAACAUUAAGUGAAGAUGAUUUAUGUUGGGAUAACAGUAAUAUAACAAGGAUGAAUGUCUAUAGAAUGUUUGUGGCAAUAUUUCUAGUUUGUUUGGGACCAUUUACAUUUUUUAAUGUACAGAAAACCAAAUACUUACAGAUCAUAACAACAAUUUUUAGAUGGCUUGCUUUUGGAAUCAUGAUAGUAUUAGCAGUCAUGAAAUUAAGUAAUGGAGAAGGUAAAGGACGUCCUGCCGUAGGAAACCUUGCAGGAAUACCAAAUUUAUUUGGCGUCUGUGUGUAUUCCUUCAUGUGCCACCAUUCCUUACCGUCACUUAUAACGCCAAUCAAAGAUAAAUCCAGUUUAUAUAAAGUAUUAGGUGUAGAUUAUCUAUGUAUUCUCAUAUUCUAUGCAUUGUUAUCAUUUACGGGUAUUUUUGCAUUUGCAACCCUUGAAGAUCUCUAUACAUUGAAUUUUUUCAAUGUUAACUGUGAGACAAAUUCUGUUACGAAUAUUAAAUUUAUUCAGUACUUUUUAGCACUAUUUCCUGUAUUUACACUAAGCACAAACUUUCCUAUUAUAUCUAUAACUCUACGUAAUAAUCUACAAACUAUGUUCUCAUCUCCAGAAAGAGAAACCAACUGGGCAGUUCACAAUUUAUUAUUUCCUUUGUUAGCCCUUCUACCUUCCGUGGCCAUCGCAUUUGGAACGAAUCAGGUUGAAAUUUUAGUUGGUAUUACGGGUUCUUAUGCUGGAGCAGGAAUACAAUAUGUUAUACCAGCUCUAUUGGUUUAUUACGCUAGAAAAGAUGAGGUGUGCACCAGUGGUCAUGACUAUAAAAGUCACUGUUCGCCAUUUAAACAUAAAAUAUGGAUUAUUUUGGUAUUAAUAUGGUCUGCAUGUUGUAUUGGUUUUGUUACUGUUAAUCAUAUUAUAACCAGACAAUGAUGAUAGCAUUGUUUUAUAGUUUAUUUACCGAUAUAUAUAUAUAUAUAUAAUUUUAAUAUCUACACCAUAUGUUGUUCUAGUAACGUUUAGUUACAGGGUCUGCAUAUAUUAUCUUUAUUGUAUUCAGUUAUAUUUAAAUAAUUAUUGCUGAAAAAUUAAUAAACAAUUAGAUAAAGAAAGGGACAUUAUUUAUAUACCAUAUUUAAAAUAAUCUUAGAUGCUCCUUAUUAUCGAAAAGAUCAGCACUGACCAUAUUUGAGUAAGGUACUUUGUCAGACUGUGUGUGAAACUGUAACUGUAGACUUUUAGUCAAAUUAAAAUUAUAUUUUUUACCAUUUAACAAAGACUGCCAAAGUGCUAGCCCUAUAUGAUUAAUUGUUCUUUUUAUAUUAUAUUAUGCGUUUAGAAUCAAUAUACAUUCCUUGAUGAUUCAAUCCAGUUAAUGGUUUGUUACUAACUGAUUAUUGUUCAAAUUCAGAAUUCUUUUAACUACUUUAUAUAAUAUUUAUUUAUGUUCAUUCUCUUGUAACAUAAUUUUGUUUAUUGUAUUUUGUUAUGUGUGAUUAAUUGUUACAACUGUGUUCUGUAUUUAUGGAUGUUCUGUCUAUUCAUCAAUGUUAUUGAACCAUGCCCUUACUCAUAUUUAAUUUGUGUUCAGCAAAAGAAUGUUCUUUUACUCUGUUUAUUUUGAGUAUAAUAUACAGUACUCAAAAUAUCUCAUCUUAUAAGUUAUCUUUGAAACAAAUCAAACCUUUCAUAUUUUGCUGAAACCGAAAAAGUUGUGUGCUUAUAAAUACCGGUAUAUAUAUUUAGUAUAUAAAGUCUGUUUAUGUGUUGAUGGAUCAAGUUAUAGCAAAGAGAUUAAUUGCAACAAUUACAAACCUAGUUACAAGAUCCAAUUCACAAAUAGCUUUCUUAGUCAAUUUUUUUUCUUUUCUUGGUUAAAUCUUAAAGCCAAUCUCUAAUUAAUAUACCAAAAUAAGCUAAAAGUGAGGCCAAUGUUUGAAGCCUCGAUUCUAAAAUAAAUAGGUGAUACCCAUUAGUUACUUGUAUUUACAUUUAUAUUUUAAUAAAGCACUGAGCAUUCAAUUUACUUAUCACUCUACUUAACCUAAGUCAUUUCUCAUUGUUGAUGCAAUGAAACAAUGCACCAAGUUUCAUCACUAUCACUCAAUUAGAAUCAAAGUUAUAACGUCCAAAAGCAUCAUUCUACCUGAAUUAGAAGCAGAAUAAUUAUGUUCCAAAAAGUGAGAUGGAUAGACAGAUGAACCCAUUUUAAUAGUACCCUGCAUUGUAAAUCUGUAAAAACUUUUACAAAACAAUUUUCCCUUUGUUUUAUGAACAGUUGUUGUGAGAGAGAAAUAAGGUUUAACAUGCACUCAACACAAACUGGGUUAUUUGGGUACAUGUUUAUUUCAACAAUUCUCUUUCACGUAGGGGUAUUUAGCAGUGUAGGGAAACUCAAUCUAUCCUUUUUGUAUUCUUUUAAUAAGUGCCUUAAUUUCUUUAGUUGUUCACACUUUUGGGUAUUACUUUUACCACAGUAAUAUUUUUAAUAUAAAUUUUACUAAUGCAUCACAUUAGUGUUCAUAUUGUAUAUUACAACAUCAAUAAAUUGUGUUAUUAUUGACAACAGAAUAAACAAGUAGAAAUAUACAGA